AUGAACUGUCUACAGUUGAAAAACGACCUCCAAUUUGAUCAUUACCCAUCGACACCAUCAAUCACCGCCUACCGACACCAUCAAUCACCGCCUACCGACACCAUCAAUCACCGCCUACCGACACCAUCAAUCACUGCCUAUCGACAUCAAUCACCGCCUACCGACAGCAUCAAUCACCGACGAUCGACAGCAUCAAUCACCGCCGAUCGACACCAUCUAUCACCGACGAUCGACAGCAUCAAUCACCGCCGAUCGACACCAUCAAUCACCGACGAUCGACAGCAUCAAUCACCGCCAAUCGACACCAUCUAUCACCGACGAUCGACAGCAUCAAUCACCGCCGAUCGACACCAUCAAUCACCGACGAUCGACACCAUCAAUCACCGCCUACCGACACCAUCAAUCACCGACGAUCGACAGCAUCAAUCACCGCCAAUCGACACCAUCAAUCAUCGACGAUCGAUAGCAUCAAUCACCGCCUACCGAUACCAUCAAUCACCGACGAUCGACAGCAUCAAUCACAGCCUAUCGACACCAUCAAUCACCGACGAUCGACAUCAUCAAUCACCGCCUUCCAUCACCAUCAAUCACCACCGAUCGACACCAUCAAUCACCUCCGAUCGACACCAUCAAUCACUGACGAUCAACAUCAUCAAUCACCGCAGUUCGCCACCAUCAAUCACCGCCGAUCGACAGCAUCAAUCACCGCCGAUCGACAGCAUCAAUCACCGCCGAUCGCCAACAUUAAUCACCGCCGAUCGACAGCAUUAA